AGAAGGGUUGGAAGGGUUGUAUUCCAUACGUAAAAAGCUUCUUUGGAGAAUAUGUACAGAAUUGCAAAACUAAACAAAAGUUAAAAUGUUCCUUUAUAAGGGCUCAGCAAACUAAAACCCAAAACCUGCUUUCAGCCAUCAGUCUCUCCAGCAUUCUUCUUUGUUUUCCUUGAAGAACUCCAAGGCACAUAGAAGCACAUCAUGGCACAUCACCAAGUUCCACAAGGCACAUGAAAGCCUUAUCCUUCACAUGCAUCUUCCCCAGGUAGUGGAAUCAAGCGGUGAAGGCCCAGAGGCUGUGAGGGCGUGAGACCACACCCUAAAGCCCCUAAUCCCAUCAAGGGCUGGAAGCGGAUGGGUGGGUCCUGUAGCAGGUCCAGGGUGUGGCAUGCAGUGUGGACUAUAAAAGGAGGGGGGAGAGGAACAGGUGGUCCUUGGAUGCCAGUCUCAGAGGUGGAAGCAUCUUGCUGCCUUGUGACAGUGGCUCCUGGAGACAUGAUGGCUGCUUCACCUCUCAAGGAAGGUGAGUUCCACUUUAAUGACUUGCCAACACGCCAACUUUCCCAUUCUAGCUCAGAGGGGGAUGAUACUCAUGGUGGUGUUUGUCUCCCAGGGAAAUCACCACCCUCACCUCAGAAAGAGCUCCCGCUGCAAAGUGAUUUGGCUUCGGGGGCGACCCAUCUGGCUCCCAGUGGAGGAGCUUCUCUGAGCUGCAGCUGGAAGAGACCUUAUGGCAUUGGGGCCGGUCUGCAGAAUACGGGCAACACCUGCUACCUGAAUGCAGCCCUGCAGUGUCUCACGUAUACCCCACCCCUCGCCAACUAUAUGCUGUCCCAGGUGCAUUCUCAAAGCUGUCGUCGUUCGGAUCGCUGCAUUCUGUGUGCCGUGGAAACGCACUUUCUCUGGGCCCUGCACAGUCCUGGCGACGUGAUCCAGCCCUGUCAAGUGCUGGCUGCUGGCUUUCACACAAACAGGCAGGAAGACGCCCACGAAUUUCUGAUGUUUGCUCUGGAUGUCCUGAAGGCAGCAGGUCUGCCUGGGCUCACGGACGGGGUGGGUCCCCAAGAGGACCAAUCUCCAUCCCAGCAGAUAGUGGGAGGACACUGGAGGUCUCAAAUCCAAUGUCUCCAGUGCCAAGGCAUUUCAGAAACCUUGGACCCUUACCUGGAGAUCGCGUUGGAUAUCAAGACAGCCGACAGUGUGGAGCAAGCUUUGCAGCACUUGGUGCAACCUGAAGAGCUAGCUGGAGAAAACGCCUAUCACUGUGCUACCUGCCUACAGAAGACAGCUGCUUCCAAGACACUCACCUUGCAAUCGGCUGGCAAGGUGCUUCUCUUUGUAUUGAAACGGUUUUCUGAGUUCACGGGUGAGAAACUUGGAGGACAAGUGCACUAUCCCGAGUGCCUGGACAUGAGACCUUACAUGUCUCAGCAGAACGGGAGGCCACUGGACUAUGUUCUCUAUGCGGUUCUCGUCCACGUUGGCUUGAGGUGUCAAUCAGGACACUACUUCUGCUAUGUCAAAGCUGGCAGUGGCCACUGGUAUAAAAUGGAUGAUGCGAAGGUCACUGCCUGUGACACCACUUGUGUCCUGAAUCAAAGUGCCUACGUGCUAUUUUAUGUCCGCAAGAGUGGAGUUGGAGGAGAACAUGGGACAGUGUCUCCAGGCAGGGGACCCUCCGACUUGGAGGCUGCAAACACACGUGGCCAUACACCAGGAGAGCUUGAAAGGCCUUCCCCUCUUGAAGCUGGAGAGUCAGAGGAGCACUUGGAGCAAACAACUCAGGACUUGACCUUGGAUGCGUGGCAAUCCCUCCAAGCCCAGAACACACCAAGGAGUGCAUUCAGCCUCAGGACAGUGGAGCCCACGCUGCCCAGCAAUGCGAUCGUAAUUCACCAGGCAAGAUCUGCCGCAGGGAUGAGGAAGCACCAUCCUGACCAGGAAAGGGCCCUGCUGCACGGGGCAGCUGGGCACAUCACUCAGCAGGUAGCCAUGAAUCCUGGCAACCUCCCUUGUCCGGGAGGAAGGAGCAAACCUCCCAAGAGGAAGAACAAACCUGCAAAGAGGCCUCUGUUGUUGCUGUUCCGCUGACGUUAGUGCAAGAGGACUUCACGAUUAUGUGGUUGGGUGACAGUGCACGAGUUAAGUGUUUGUAUUUGCAAGGGCAAAGGGUUUGUCCUUAUGAACUGUCCUAGGUGUGAAUUGGAAGCUUAGGUUGGAACCAAAUGUCUAUGUCUUCUGCAUUUGCAAGGGGUGAGAGACUGUGUUUUGUGUGAGGCCACAAUGUUGGAUCGAGAUGUGUGCUUUCCAGCGUGUCAUGUCGCUAAGCAAUUGUUGAGAUUGGAGGCACAGAACUCUCUGCUUCAUGAAGGAAUUCUGAAGCAGCUGAGAAAGAUGGGGAAUAAUGGCCUCCUUCUCCUUUGGCUACACAUAAUCCUGCUUCAUGCUUUCCUCUCCAUCACCUCUCAUGGAAGUCUUGGUGACAGAUUUCUCCAAGUCAAUCGUGAGGGCGAACCUCAUGGCCCUCUCUCUUACCACAAUGUAUGACCUCAGGUUGUCACAGUCCCUGGGAGUUUCGUUGCACCUACUAGGAGCCUCUGGAAAUCAACCAUUGUCUUGAAGCAUCAACCACAUUGUGUGAUCAUCCCAAGCUCCUGAACAGGAGCCCUUCAUCCUCCAGAAU